AUGGGCAACUCUUCGUCCAAAGUCGCAGGCAAAGCUGCUGCAGGCGCAGCUCGCCGCCAGUACCCUUCUACAUCGUCCAUCGCCAACUCCGCGACCCAACCACCCACUGCUGCCUCAAGGACGAACCCCCAUCCAGCCUCGUCCAAACCUACCGCUUCAAGCCAAGUACAUCCAAGUCCAGCCAUGUCUCCGCCAGUGGACGAAAAGACGCAAGCCAUUGAGCUGGACGGAAGAGAUCCGCAGUUCGGUUCAAGACUGCAGAGAAUAGGUCCUGUCAAACUUCCCUCAGGUGUGAGACCCGAAGAAGCUUUCCCGACCUCGAGCGAGCCUAUGCAGCCGGCACAUAACCUUUUCCCCUCGACACAGAACAAUCCCGCCGUGAUACUCACACAGGCACGGCAGAGGAUCAACAAGCAGUGGGAAUUUGAAGGGGAAAAUGGUGGACGGCCGAGUUUCCCUGGACGAACGCUGCUGAAUUCAAAGGAGAUCAAGGAAGCGCUAAGAAUGCGAGACGAGGUAGGAAAGACGUCACAAGAGGUCGAGAAGCAAAUGAAGCUGAAGCCUGGGGUUCUGGAUCAACUUGUGGCUAAAGGAAUGGUUGCAAAUGCCUGA